AUACCAGGCGAAUCUCUGCAAAACAACAGUAAUAAAAAGCCCAAAACAAUGGGAGGAGGUCACAGACGGACUUCCGCCGACGACGACGACCAGGCGGCGCCGUCGUCUUCAAUCUGGUCGCAUUUCUGGUCCUCCGCCACCAGAACCAAGCCCUUAUCCGACUCCGGCAUCCGUACCAGCUCCGGCGAUGGCCUCGUCCGCACCCUCGGCAUGUUUGACCUCAUACUCCUCGGCGUCGGCGCCUCCAUCGGCGCCGGGAUCUUCGUCGUCACUGGCACCGUCGCCCGCGACGCCGGUCCCGGAGUCACUGUUAGUUUCAUUCUUGCCGGAGCGUCUUGUGUGUUAAAUGCACUGUGUUAUGCAGAGCUAGCUUCUCGUUUUCCUGCCGUUGUUGGUGGAGCAUACCUCUACACGUACACGGCGUUCAAUGAGCUGACUGCUUUCCUUGUUUUCGGACAACUUAUGCUUGACUAUCAUAUCGGGGCUGCCAGCAUAGCUCGAAGCUUAGCGAGCUAUGUAGUGACAAUUCUUGAACUUUUCCCAAUCUUUAAGGAAAACAUACCGGACUGGAUUGGACAUGGUGGCCAACAGUACCUUGGGGGAGCUAUAUCACUCAAUCUCUUAGCUCCAAUUCUCCUUGCACUUCUAACUAUAGUUCUUUGUCGGGGUGUUGGAGAAUCCUCUGCUGUAAACUCAUUCAUGACUGCUACAAAGAUAAUCAUCGUUCUUAUCGUCAUCUUCGCUGGUGCUUUUGAGGUUGAUGUCUCAAAUUGGACUCCCUUUGCCCCAAAUGGUUUUAAAACAGUAUUGACCGGAGCAACAGUUGUAUUCUUUGCAUAUGUUGGAUUUGAUGCAGUUGCUAAUUCAGCUGAAGAAUCAAAGAGACCACAGCGGGACUUGCCAAUAGGCAUCAUAGGCAGCCUUCUGAUAUGUGUUAUAUUGUAUAUCGGUGUCUGUUUGGUGAUCACUGGAAUGGUACCAUAUAAAUUCCUUGGGGAAGAUGCUCCUUUGGCUGAUGCUUUUACAUCCAAGGGGUUGAAAUUUGUUGCCAUCUUAAUCAGUGUGGGUGCUGUUGCUGGACUUACGACCACCCUUCUAGUCGGUCUGUAUGUUCAGUCUCGAUUAUAUCUUGGGCUUGGAAGAGAUGGUUUGCUACCUUCAGUGUUUGCUAGAGUACAUGCAAGACGUCGAACACCCAUUCAUUCUCAGGUGUGGGUUGGUAUUGUUGCUGGCAUUCUGGCAGGGUUGUUUAAUGUGCAUAUUCUCUCGCACAUCCUUUCAGUUGGUGCAUUGACAGGCUACUCUGUUGUUGCUGCAUCUGUGGUUGCUCUUCGUUUGAAGGAUAAGGCUUCAAGUCAGGUGUCAUCUACGUCCUGGCGGGAAGGUGUCAUCUGCUUAUUCAUAGUUGCAUGCAGUGGUUUUGGUGCUGGAGUCUUCUACAGAUUCAACACUUCAUUUAUUUUUAUGGUCAUAGCUGUGAUUGUGGCAAUACUUGCUUCCUGUUCUCUUUGUUUCCGCCAAACUUAUGCAGAUAUGCCAGGGUUUUCAUGUCCUGGGGUUCCAAUUGUGCCAACUAUAUGCAUCUUCUUCAACAUGUUUCUAUUCGCUCAGUUACACCAUGAAGCAUGGGUGAGAUUUGUCAUCCUUAGCAUCAUUACAGUUGGUAUUUAUGCAUUUUAUGGACAAUACCAUGCUGAUCCAACUGCAGAGGAGACUAUAAUCUAUCAUAGGGCACCAGAAGACUUGCGGUCGGACGCUGCAGCAGCAACAGUGGAAAUGCUCUCAACAACUGAAAUUCCCUCGACUGAAAGUCCCAAAUCUACUUCUGUUGUGUAGUAUUCUCAGAUGUCAUAUAGUUGGUGCCAUUUUAUGUAGUUUGAUUUAGAACUUAGAAGUUUGUUUUUAACCUUAGAUAGAAGCUUCAUGCUACUUCAGUAUAGUUCCAUCUCGGGGAAAGUUUCAGGAUUCUCCAGUAUAUACUUGUAUAGGGUCACAGAGAAUAUACUAUCAAGGAAAAUUUUCAUCGGUAAAGGUUCCCAA